GACCACUACUACAGUGUCACCACGGGCUAAUACAGUACACUCUGCCUGGCCGUUGCCCAUUACUCCUUAGUUGAUAGGUAAGGACUGAGAGAGGUGAGGGCUUUCUCAGGUACUGCUACGAUAACGCUCUCGGCUGCCUUAUUGAACGACACAUGAACAGUUCCUUUAAAAUGUCCCCUCCACUGAGAAUGGCGCUGCUGUUCAGCAUGAUGGGAUGUGGGCAUUUAAUCACAGUGACGGUCCCCGAGAAGUUUAUGACCGUGACAAACGGUCAAAGUGCUCUUCUCCAGUGCACGUUUGUUACCACCGUGCAGAACACCAGCGACAUCAUCAUCCAGUGGAGUUUUGUUGCCAAAACCUCCAAUGUGCCACAGCAGGUGUAUUACUCUCAGUCAGGAGAGGACGUUAUUUCGAAACCGUAUGAAGGCAGGUUGAAUGCUCCCACCUAUCCAGCUACUAGCAAUGCCUCAAUAACAAUAAGCAACAUGCAAGUGUCAGAUGCAGGGGCCUACACCUGCGAAGUCCACAACUUCCCUGAUGUCAAUGGGCAGACUGAGGCCACUAUCAUUGUCAACAUUCUUGAGAGGCCAUCUGUGCCCUUCUGUGCUGUCCAUGGUGAUGUGGAGUCUGGUCACCUGGUUACCCUCACCUGCCACAGUGAGCGGGGAAGCCCCACCCCCACCUAUACCUGGAUCAGAGUGGAUCAGGACAAGACCAAGACACCUGUAAUGGGGAACCCUGAUCCGAAUAUAGGAUCCUUGUAUUUCCAAAACAUAUCCCAGUUUGAGUUUGGAGAGUAUUGUUGCAGUGCCUCUAACGCUGUAGGAUCUGCUACUUGCACCGUGGAGCUCAGCCAUGAGCUAGGUGAUGGGGCCAUUGCUGGUGCAGUCAUUGGAGCACUUCUUGGAGCUGUCCUUAUUAUCCUUAUUAUCUGGUACAUGACACACUCCAUGAAGAAGCAGAAAUACAAGGCUUCAAAGGCAACAGAGAUGCAAGCCAUCCCUAAGAGUUCGGCCACAGUGGCGUAUGAAGGCGUCCCUACCAGGGAGAGUGGCCAUCAAGCCUAUGUGACCUCCGGAGGGGUUCCCAUGGCAACAAACAGCCACGUCCAUUCUGACGCUGACGGAGAGCGGGCCGAAGCUUAGGAGAGGCCUGACAUGCUUCUGGGGUGACAUCACUACUCUGAAAAACAAUGCUCCACUGAAGUUUGUGUUUUUGUAUAAUGUUUUUUUUAAGUCACAAUUUAAGUAAUGGUUCAUAUUUGUUUUAUGUGAUAUAAGGAAUUCCAAUUGUCUUGAUUUCACACACAAAAAAAAUACAAAUCACUCUACACCCUGAUUAAUGUGGUAAUCCACCCAUUCCCUGACAAAAUGUUUAUUCCCAUUUCAUAUACAUUGUGACAAAUCUAACCAAUGCUCAUCCAUGCUUUCUGGAAGAAAAUAAAUACAAAUUCAAUUUUG